UCCGCUUCGCCAUUUUGUGCUGCUGCGCCGGGUAUUUAUCACAAGAGUCGUGACUGUUCGUUUACAUUGCUAGUUAGGUGGUCAGACGGUUCUUUGUAUACUCGGUCUUGCGUUGGACGCCCGUGGCCUUCGAUAGGUUUCGUCAAGUGCGAUUUUUUUGACUCACCAGAAAUAAUUAAUUUUGUAUAUUUAGUUUAUUUUUAUACGUUGUGUGAGAAAGAAUGGCCGGAGCUCCCGAAUACGCCCCGUUCUUCGCAGUGAUGGGCGCCUCUUCGGCUAUGGUGUUCAGCGCCUUGGGAGCUGCCUAUGGCACAGCUAAGAGCGGUACAGGUAUUGCUGCCAUGUCUGUGAUGAGGCCGGAGCUCAUCAUGAAGUCAAUCAUCCCUGUCGUCAUGGCGGGUAUUAUAGCCAUCUACGGCCUGGUAGUAGCAGUGCUGAUUGCUAACAACACCCCAGUAGACAUCUCCCUGUACAAGAGCUUCCUCCACCUGGGAGCAGGGCUGAGCGUGGGCCUCAGCGGGCUGGCAGCAGGCUUCGCAAUCGGCAUUGUCGGCGACGCAGGCGUGAGGGGGACAGCUCAACAGCCAAGGCUUUUCGUGGGCAUGAUCCUCAUCUUGAUUUUCGCUGAGGUCUUGGGUCUCUACGGGCUCAUUGUUGCCCUCAUCCUCUCCACGAAGGGUUAGGGUUAACACCCAAACAUCUCCACUACAAGAUCAGUCCUUUAUGUUGCUGCUGGAGAAAAAGUGUAAAACGAAGGGGGAAAGAAAAAAAAAAAGAGAAAAAUUUCUGCCACGCAAGAUGAAAGAAGUGAAGGCGGGGAAAAAAUGAAUUAAAAUGGCUCCAUAAAUAUGGUCUUAUCUCAACAAUGUGUACAGUCGUCCCAGUUUGAUAGUCAACUUGUAAAUGCGCAAUGUAGUGAUUUGUCUGUCUUUUGUGUGCGUGUGUGUGUGUGUGUGUGCGCGCGCGCGUGUGUUUAAAAACAGUUGUAUGAUGAAGAUUCCUUUUUUCCCUCCACUUAUUCAGGCUUUGAGGCCAGCUGAGGCAGCUUGGUCUCUGGUCUUAGAGAGCUGACCAAAGGGCCGCACAGCUUUUUCUCCUCCCAUAUCGACUCGGGAGUUGACACAAUUUCUGCAUUAAUCUUGAGGAUCUAUUUGUAAAGAGAAAUGUAUGGACUAAAGCUUUUUUCCAACUGAUUUUAUUUAUAGGAAAUUGUUCAUUGAACUGUUUAAUGCAGCAAAAGUCUCUAAUUCCCCGGUUAUAUAUAAAUUAUAUAUAUAUACAGACAUAUAAAUAUCUAUAUAGAUAGAUUUAAUGCACUGUGGGUUAAUUGUGAUAAGUGGUUGGAUUUCCUCUGGAUGUAAUUCUUGGUUUAAUAAGACUGCCUUUAGUAUGUUGCUGGUGGAGUGGGAGUUUUGUGUGUAGCUGUAUUCUAAUCAUUACGCAAACAUUCUCAAACUUCAGUGUUUUUCCUGUAGUACUGCUGUUUGCAUUAAAGGUGUGUGCGCCCCGUGUUGGGUCUCACAAGUGUAAUUUUCCACAUUUCAUCUCCUCUCCAUCUUAUUCCACCCCGUCCUCUUUCAUCUGUGGCUGUACUUCAUCUCUUCCACAUUCCAGGCAUUCAAAUCCUGCAUGGGUUUCAGUGUUUUGUUGCUGUUGGAAUAUGAACCUGAAGAGCAGGCUAGUUUCAGAAGAUUUAAUCCAGAUCCAAAAACAGUUUUGUCACAUAUGCCCUCCAAAAAAAAUUGACACUAUGGAACAUAUUGUUUGUAGCAUGCAGUAGGAAUCCAGGGAGAUUAGUAUGCAAGUUUGGCCUAGUUUCAUGGAAGGACUGGUCCAAUUUGAUCUGGAGUUUAUUUUCUGAAAAUGGAACUGCUGCUGACGCAUUUUACUGAAGCGCCAAUCUACAAUCCUGUAUUACCACUGGUAUUGAAAUUAUCCUGAUGUGUCGACGUGAAUGCUUUCACAACUGAAUUAAAGAAGAUUCCAACUUA